CAUUUUUGGGAAAGCAUUCCUGCUCUGCGCAAUGAUUUUUAAAACCUGCGGCUGUUGCGGGUCUUUCUUUCGGGUUCUCUAAUGAAUUUGCGGCUCGCUUGUUGCUGGACAUACUGGUACGUAUCGGAAUCCUAGUCACAUACGAGCUCACAAACAUUCCCAAACGGGCACAUCCAUCUUUUCACCUGUAUCACCAUGGCCGAAGAAGCAGCAACUCCAGUGGCACCUCCUGCCCCAGCCCCCGAGGAAGCCCCAAAGGAGAAGAAGAACGACAGUAAGGGAAAGAACCGAAGAAAGAAGGAAGAUGAUACCCCUAUCGAAGAGCUCUUUGAUCUUUCCAAGCCUAUCCCCCGUGUAAGUGAAGCAAAGACAGAAAUAUGACCCCGCGCAAAAUCCCAAAAUUAGUAUUUGGUUUAGACUUGCAAGCACAUCCGGACUAUACUUUCACCACCCAAAUCAAUUUUCGGCAAUGGUUCCACUCGAAGACCGAAGGGAUUUUAUCGGCACUUCGAAAGGGAAUCGGUCGAGCUUUUAUUGGCAUCGGACAUCCGUCGAACUAUGGACAAGUGCUACACCAACUUCAAUUGGAAGCACUAUUAAAGUCGACAAUGACUCGCACUUUGUUGGUUGAAUGCAGAAAAGAGGAUCUUUCCAAUAGCUUCUUAAUUUGUGGCCAUAAUUUCACUGUCAUUGGCAAUGUCUUACCCCUCGAUCGGGUCUUUUUUGCAAAAUUCAAAAUCAUUGUAGGUCGAUAAGCCGGACAAGGGUGCCCACGAAGCCAAGCUCAAAGAACUGAACGAAAAGUUCGAGCAACUCAAGAAGGACAAGGAUCAGGUACAGAAAAAGAUCGAGGCCGCCAUGACCUCGGGCAAGAAUACUGACCUCGGCAAGGCUAGGGAUGCCAUGGCGGCACUUCGUUCGAAGAAGGGCAAAAUGAUCGAGGAAAAACGUGCAAUUCGUGCCCAGCUCGAUCUACUCAAAAAAGCAGGAGAUAAGCUUGUCCAGGAUAAGAAAGAAGCCAGAUCCUCUGUAAGAUUCAACUCUAUCGAAGAGAUUGAUGCCGAGAUCAAAAAGCUCCAAAAAUUGCAGGAGACGACUUCCAUGAGUUUGACGGAAGAGAAGAAAUUGAUCAAGGAGAUGGACGGCCUCCAAGCCUCUAAGGAAAAGGUCAAGGACGUCAAGUCCAAGGAUGCCAGUUUGGACGGAAUCAAGAAGGAGCGUACCGCCGUCAACGAGAGCAUCAAGGCAAAGGACAAGGAAAUCGACGCUGUCACCAAAGAAAUGGACGAAGUCGGUUCUAAAAUCAAGAGCCUUGCGGCAAAAGAGACGGACAAACGUAGUACUUUGGAUGCACUCUUUAAGGAGCGUGAUGCCUUCAAGAAGGAGAUUUCGGUCGUAUUGAAGGAGAAGGACGCCUUGAGAGACGAAUACAGAGAGAACAACAACGCCUGGUGGAAUGCUCAGCGAGCUGUGAAAGCCCAGAGACAAAUCCAAUACGAGGAAGAAAAGAAGGCGCGUGAGGCAGAAAAGGCCGCCUACCUCAAGAAGAAAGAGGAGGAAGAAAUGAAGAAAAUCCCAUACGAGGAGGAAAUGGGACUCUGCGACUACCUUGCUGAUUACUUGUCUCGCACUUACUUGAACGCGCCACCUGCCGAAAACAAGAUUUCCGUGAAGAAGGAAGAGGUGAUUGCCGUGAAGGACGAUCCUUUCGCCGGUAUGGUUGCGAGGUGCAAAAAGAAUGACGACGAGGAAAACUACUUCUCCAAGGGCAAGGGCAAGAAAAAGCGCCAACGUGCUCCCAAGAAGAUUGCCACUGCUCCUUUCACUCUCAGCGUCGAUUCCUUCGAACAGUUUGGUUCGAUUGGCUUGAAUCCUCCAACUAAGCUUGACGAGGUCGAGAACUCUGUCAAGGAGCUCCGUGAAAAGAAGGUCUGGUACUCGCAACAGCCCCGUGGAUCCGUCCCCACCGCCAAGGAUAUUCGUAAGAAGAACGAGAAGAAUGCUCAGAAACUGCGGCAGACGCCGUCGAAGGCCCCUACUGGGAAGUUCAGCGCCUCGGACGACACUUUUGUUCCUCUCGGAAACGGAUCGUCGACAGCCGCCGGUAUCCCAUCUUGGGGAGCCGGACAAAAGCCCGCGCCAACUGUCUCGGGUGAGGAGGUCGUCAAUGCGGAUGACCCAACCCCCGCCGAUGCCGCCGCUCAGGAGUAAGUUGAACCAUUAUGUUUCUACCCCACAAUUAAUUGUGUCGUAGGAUGAGUCAGCCUUUCGCGGUUCACCCGAUCCAAAACGACGGAACAAGUUGGCCAACCUCCAUGUUAAUUCAAUGCGAUUCAUCAUGCGCGCACCUCUAGGCAAGACACUCACUACGAACACUGCAGAAGUGAGCCCCCCACAUCCACAACCGAAAAAUGGCUACAAAAUCAAUCCCACCUCUACAUAAUUACUAAUAUCA